UGGCGACUCACAACAGUGUAUGUAAUAUAAUGAGAAGGAGUCGACUGGCGCUAUGACAGUGCUUGCAGUGCAGUGCAGUGCAGUGCAAUGCAAUGCAGUGAAGAGAAGAGUGAAGAAAAUGAAGCUGGUCGCUGUUUACGCCUUGAUCCGUAUGCUAUGGGCAUUCCUGCCUCCGAGUCGGCCGGACAUCUCCCAAUUCGAGGUUCAUUCCUUACCAGGCGUCCCUUCCUCCUCUCUUCCUACCAGUUGGGCUGGUCGGAUUCCUGUUCCUGCGACCGCACCCGGCAACUCGUUGUUCUUCUGGCUCUUCCAGGCCGAAACUCCUGCGCAGGAUGAUAACCUUAUCAUAUGGUUCAAUGGCGGGCCUGGAUGCUCGUCUCUGAUCGGGCUGCUGUCUGGCAAUGGGCCAUUUGCCUUCGUUGGCGAUUCUACCGAGCUCGAGCGCAAUCCCCACUCGUGGACGCAGCUGGCACAUGUCCUGUAUAUCGACCAACCCGUGGGGACGGGCUUGUCCACGGCGAGUGAGCCCUAUCCAUUGUCCGACAACGAGGGAGUGACUUCUUACCUAUACGCAUGGCUACAGUCUUUUUUUGCCCAUUUCCCCCAGCUCAAGUCCAAGCAGAUCCACCUGAUGGGCGAGUCGUACGCCGGCAUAUACAUCCCCUACCUUGCCUCAGCCAUUGUGCACCAUCAGGCCUCGUUCCCGCUCCAUCUACGCUCCCUCUCCCUCGGGGAUGCGACAUUUGGCAACUCCAUCGCCAUGUCCACCAUUCCCACCGUAGCAUACAUGCGCUCCCAGCAAUCGCGUCUACAGAUCCCACCCAAGAUCCUCGACGCGUUUGUUGAAGGCGAUUCAUCUGCGGAUUUGACCAAUGACACAGCAGCAGCAGCACUGCAACCGCCUCUGACCACCCCCGAAGAAAUCCUCUUCUCCAUCCUUAACUCCACCACCUGCGACGGAUCUUGCGCGACAUUCUCCACAGCAUCAAGAUACCUCUCCACCACCGCGCAGAACCAGCAUCAGUGUUUCGACGUGUACGACAUCACCAACAACUGUAGCACCCUCAACCCACUGCCCUUACUAUCUUCAUAUUUCAGCCGACCCGACGUCCAAGUAGCACUGAAUCUGCUCCCUCCGCCCCCUUCCUCCCCUUUAUCUUCCCAACCUUCAUCAUCCCAAUCCUCGCAUCUUCCAUCCCCGGCCAACAGUCGCAAUUCCAACCCGACCACCUCAGAGACCAAAAAGCAAUCUCCUCCCCCGUCUUCUUCUUCUUCUUCUUCUGCGUUCAUCAUCCCCACCACCGCUCCUCAACCCGAUCCAAAAACCUACCUUCCCUGCAACGACACCAUCCGCACUCUCGUCCUCCAAGACGGCCAACUGCCCCAACCGCCGGCGGACACCAUCCUCCCCGAACUCAUCACCAGCCACCGCAUCGCCCUCCACGUCUAUGCCGGCGACAGUGACUUCCUCCUCAAUCACUAUGGCAUCGAACUGGCACUGCAGAAUAUGACCUGGCGCGGCGGCCGGGGGUUCUCGCGCCCGUUCACGGGUAAUUAUUUCCAUGUGGACGAUGCGGGCUUCCUGCGUCAUACAAACCGCUCCUCCUCCUCCUCCUCCUCCUCCUCCUCCUCCCCCGACGACGACGACGAUACCACCUGCCUUGCCGAUACCAGUAGCUGUGAUGACCCAUUAUCACCACCGGGGGCAGCGGGUCUCUGGACUUCCUCGCGAGGUGUCACCUACCAUCUCUUCUGGGGCGCGGGUCAUGCGGUAUUUGCUAAGAAGCCCCGGGAGAUGUUUGCUUUUGUGAGGGAUGUUGUUCUGGACUCUUCGUAGUUGAAUUUCGGACCAUACAAGGUGCAUAC